AUGUGCAAAUUUACCAAUCGAUUAUUUGUCUUGGUCUUGCUGCAAUUUAUUGGCUUGGCCAUGGCCAAGCCUCUGAAGGCGCGCAGCAGUGCCAGCGAUUUAAUUGAGCUUUUGUACAAUGAUUAUGGGGACUAUGGCUAUCAGUUGGAGGAGGUUAACUAUGAUCAACGCCAGAAGGGCGAGGAAAAUCUCAAAUUGCGCCUAGAUGGCUUUCUAAUUGGAUUGCCAGCUCGCGAUGAUUCAUCCUGGUUGGAUCUACUUGCGGAAGAUACAAAGUCGCACAUGCUGCAGCUUCUGCAAAUGUUCCGGCGGACGCAGAUCUAA